AACCUACAGCCUAUAAAUAGGGUGUUCCUUUCUCCACCAUGGCUCAAGGCAAUCAAGCACCUCUCUCAGCACUUGCUAACUAGCUCAUAACAAGAAGAUGUCUUGCUGCGGAGGAAAAUGCAACUGCGGCUCCAGCUGCAAUUGCGGCAGUGGCUGUGGAGGGUGCAAGAUGUACCCGGACAUGGCUGGGGAGACUGCAGCAGUCGUAGACUUUGGUGCCAGCAGCCACAAGAGCGUUGAGGGAUUUGAGAUGGCGUCUGGGUUUGAAGGUGGAAACUGCGACUGUACCUACUGCAAGUGCGGCGGCAGCUGCAGCUGUGCCUGCUGCGGCUGCAACUGAUCGACGAUACUCCUCUGCAGAAACUCGUGCUCUUUCUUUCAUGAACUGCCAGGAAUUCAUCACGAGAGUGAGAAAGAGAGAGAGAGAGCAUGGAAAUAAUUAAAUAAAAUUUCAUUGAGAGGACAUGUACCGAUCAUUGUCAUAGAAUAAAUUAUAAUAUAAUAUCAUCAUAUAUGUA